AUGGGCCCCAUCCUGCCUCUCCUCUGCAAGGCGCAGCCACCCCAGCGCUCCCCUGCCCCUUUGCCUGGCACCCCCUGUGCCUUCUUCUUUAGGAUUGUAUUCCCUCCAAUUCAAACCCAGCACAUCUGUGCUCCCUCCAGAACCCCCAUUUGGGCUCUUCCUGACCUCCAUGCCAUACCCUCUCCCCCACAUCAUACCGCCUCUGCUCCCUGGCCUGGCCACCCAACACGUUCCCCCACCCCCACCACAGGCCUGGCUGUGGCAAGGGAUUUGGGAAAUAUUUGGGGAGACAAAGUGGCCACAGAUGUUUGUGCCAGCCAGGGUGCCCUCUAUCACAGACACACGAGAGACUGA